CACUGGGCGGGCCGGGUCCUGAGGAGCUGAAGCCGGGGGUCGGCAGGCGCUGCGGGGGGAAGCUCCGGUGCAAGCGAGGGCACGACACAUGCAGUGGCUUCUGGACUGCGCGAUGACUGAACGUCACUUCUAGGUCUGCAGACAAGAGGAAGAGAAGAUGAAGGAAGACUGUCUGCCGAGUUCUCACGUGCCCAUCAGCGACAGCAAGUCCAUUCAGAAGUCGGAGCUCUUAGGCCUGCUGAAAACCUACAACUGCUACCAUGAGGGCAAGAGCUUCCAGCUGAGACACCGCGAGGAAGAAGGGACUCUGAUCAUCGAGGGGCUCCUCAACAUUGCCUGGGGGCUGAGGCGGCCCAUCCGGCUGCAGAUGCAGGAUGACCGGGAGCAGGUGCACCUCCCCUCCACCUCAUGGAUGCCUGGACGGCCCAACUGCCCUCCAAAGGAGCCAUCGCCCCAGGAUGGGAACAUCACAGCCCAGGGGCCAAGCACUCAGCCAGUGCACAAGGCUGAGAGUUCCAGAGACAGCUCGGGGCCCCUGGAGGAGGCAGAGGAGGCCCCCCAGCUGAUGCGGACCAAGAGCGACGCCAGCUGCAUAAGCCAGAGGAGGCCCAAAUGCCGUGCCCCCGGUGAGGCCCAGCGCAUCCGGCGACACCGGUUCUCUAUCAACGGCCACUUCUACAAUCAUAAGACCUCCGUGUUUACUCCAGCCUAUGGGUCCGUGACCAAUGUGAGGGUCAACAGCACCAUGACAACCCUACAGGUGCUCACCCUGCUGCUGAACAAAUUUAGGGUGGAAGACGGCCCCAGUGAGUUCGCACUCUACAUCGUUCAUGAGUCUGGGGAGCGGACAAAAUUAAAAGACUGCGAGUACCCACUGAUUUCCAGAAUCCUGCAUGGGCCAUGUGAGAAGAUCGCCAGGAUGUUCCUGAUGGAAGCUGACUUGGGCGUGGAAGUCCCCCAUGACGUCGCUCAGUACAUUAAGUUUGAAAUGCCGGUGCUGGACAGUUUUGUUGAAAAAUUAAAAGAAGAGGAAGAAAGAGAAAUAAUCAAACUGACCAUGAAGUUCCAAGCCCUGCGUCUGACGAUGCUGCAGCGCCUGGAGCAGCUGGUAGAGGCCAAGUAACUGGCCAACACCUGCCUCUUCCAAAGUCCCCAGCAGUGGCAGGUGCACACUGAGCCCUGGUCGCUGGUCCCGGCCGGUCACAUUGACUGAUGGCCACCGCCUGAGGAAUCUAGUGCCUGUGCGUCUACCUGCCUGAAGCCUGAGCUCCAUGAUUCCCACAGCCAGCUCUUGGUUCCGAGAUGAACACCCACAGGAAGCCGACUGAGGCCUGAGGGGCUAGGAACUUGCUGGGUCAGAUCUGUGUGGCCAGCCCCGUCCACACCAUGCCUCUCCUGUACCGGAGAGCAGUGCUGGCCCAGCCCCUGCAGCUUUAGCUUCAUCCGCUUGCUCAUUGCCUGUCCCAGAGACCCUGUGGAUCCACAAGUCCCUAUCCUCUUCCUUCAUAUGAGAUUCUUGUCCGCCCUCAUAUCAUGCUGCCCCACAGGAACACUGCUGGGAAAAGCAGGGCCUGCCAGCAGGUAUGAGAUCUAGCCUGCUUUCAGCCGUCAUCUCACCACAGCGUCCCCGGCUUCUAAGCCUCCAAUGUCACCCUGUGAGUCUGGCACAGCUCAGCCCCAGCACAGAGGUGAGAUCAGGAAUAAGGCCACAAGUAUCUCACUUUCUCUGCAGAAAUCAGUCUUUACUUCAUCAGAGAGACCUAAAGGGAUUCUUACAAGGAGCUUGCUGCAAGAAACACGGCCAUCCAGUCACAUUGAUGAGAGUCCACAGCUGCCCAGCAGCAGCUCCGGAAGGCAGUGCUCAGCCCCAUCACCACUGUCCAGUGGAUGCCUGUGUACCUCUUGCCUUUUCUGGGCUUGUGUUUCUCUCUUCUAGUGGGUGGGGAUGACUUCCCUGGAAGGAAGAAUGAUAAGGAGAAAUGUCUGUUUUGAGGAAAGGGCUUUGAAUUCCCUAGGGCCAGAUACUGAACAAUUUGUGUUUGUGACUGAUGGAGAAUUUCAGGAAUGAAUGAGACAGCCUUUGCGAAACUAUGCAACAGUUUACAUCAGUCAUGUGAAGUAUUCGUCUCAAACAGAGCAAACUGAAGACCAAAUUAUUCUCCUGUUGAGGUCCACGGAUGGCAGAUUUAAAGGGAAGAGCCACAAAGGCUUGCAAAGAUAGGAGAAGCUCCAUCUCUAAAGCAUGUAGAAGCUCCUUACGGGUGCCCAUCAAGAGCAGAGCUCGGAAGCCACCAUGCUGUGCGGAACUGCUCGUCAGGGCAAAUGUCACAGCAGGAUUUCCCCAACCCAGCCCCAUCAUCACAGACACAGCUGCAAGGGAGGCCUGUUCACUGUUUUGGUGACUCUGCCCUCCUUUGGCAGCAUAGAUCCUUAGGUGCUCAAUAAAGGCGUGCUGUAUUGAACUGAAGAA